AUGCAAUGUGAAAUCUUGCAUAUAAAAUAUCCGAAUUGGGCACAUGAAUGGUUGAAUGUUAAAAGAACAUUCGAAGACUUCUAUUUCGUUGCACCUGGUCAUCAAUCUUCUUGUACGAGACAUGCGGCAAAACGAAAACAAAGAUCUGAAUCUCAUCAUUCUCGUUCUGGCCCAGAUCAACCAUUAUUAGAUCUUCCAUUUCAACGUACAACCAGUAAAAGUUUUAAACAUUAG